GAGUUGUAGUCCUGUAAUGCGCGGAAGUGGCCGCGAUGGCGACGGAGGGCCUGCGGAUGCAGGCAGUGGGCAGUGAGAUGCUGAUGGGUGAACUGGACAUCACCUCCGAUGAGUUCAUCCUGGACGAAGUGGACACACACAUACAGGCCAACCUUGAGGAUGAACUCGUGAAGGAAGCAUUGAAGACAGGCGUUGAUCUGAGACACUAUUCCAAACAGGUGGAGACUGAGUUACAGUAUAUUGAACAUGCCUCCAUCAAAGACUACAUCAAGGAGAGUGAGAACAUCGCCAGCCUGCACAACCAGAUCACAGCCUGUGACACCAUCCUGGAGAGGAUGGAGCAGAUGUUGAGCACCUUCCAGUGUGACCUGAGCAGCAUCAGCUGUGAGAUCCAGACUCUACAGGAGCAGUCCAUCGCCAUGAACAUCAAGCUGAAGAACCGCCAGUCCGUGCGCAGCGAACUCAGCCAGUUAGUGGACGAGCUCAUCGUGCCCAACACCAUGAUCACCACCAUCCUGGACACCCCAGUCACUGAGCAACAGUUUCUGGAGCAGCUCCACGAGCUCAACAACAAGAUUAACUACGUCAAAGAGCAGUCCUUCAAGGAGACCUUGGCCUGCUCUGAUGUGCAAGACAUCCUGGACCGCCUCAAGAUCAAGGCCGUUUCGAAGAUCAGGGAGUUUAUUCUGCAGAAGAUCUAUUCAUUUCGCAAACCCAUGACCAACUACCAAGUUCCUCAGAAUGCAUUGCUGAAAUACAGGUUUUUCUUCCAAUUUUUGCUGGCAAACGAGCGUCAGGUAGCGAAGGAGAUCCGGGAUGAAUACGUGGACACCGUCAGCAAGAUCUACCUGUCCUACUUCAAGUCCUACAGCAGCCGGCUGAUGAAAGUGCAGUAUGAAGAGGUCGCAGACAAGGAUGAUCUGAUGGGAGUGGAGGACACGGCCAAGAAAGGCUUCUUCUCCAAGCCGUCGCUGAAGAACAGGAACACCAUCUUCACCCUGGGUAACCGUGGAAACGUGAUUGCCUCGUCGGAACUGGAAGCCCCCAUCAUCGUGCCCCAUGCAGCACAGAAGAAUGACACUCGGUACCCCUUUGAGAGCCUGUUUCGGAGCCAGCACUACGCCCUUCUAGACAACAGCUGCCGUGAAUACCUCUUCCUCUGUGACUUCUUCAUGGUGACCGGAAACUCUGCUCAAGAUCUCUUCAACGCCAUCAUGGGCAAAACCCUCAGCAUGUUCUUGAAACACAUGGACACCUAUGUUGCCGAUUGCUACGACAGUAUCGCCGUUUUCCUGUCCAUCCACAUCAUCCUCCGCUUCAAGACCAUGAUGACAAAGCGGAACGUCCCUGCUGUCGACAAGUACUGGGACACCCUGCUGGAGAUCCUGUGGCCGAGGUUUGAGUUCAUCCUGGAGCUGAACACCCAGAGCAUUCGCACCACAGACCCACAGAAACUGGGAGCCCUCGACACCCGGCCCCACUAUGUCACCAGAAGGUACGCAGAGUUCUCCUCAGCGAUCGUCAGCAUCAACGAAACCCACCCCAACGAGAAAGCACACAGCCUACUGGCCCAGCUACAGGUCAGUGUGUGAGCCGGGU